AUGUUUGGCAACCUCAAAACCAAACAAACCCAUUACCGCAUUUGGGAGACAAUGACAACUGUUCUUAUUGUGGACCUGCGUCGUCUUGGUGUCACUCUAUUAUCUCCCACCACCUCCACACCUAUAAAACUUCUUCCUGGUGUAUAUACUUCCACAACAAACCCACAGCUUCUUCAUAAUGCCCUGACAUCCUCAGCUUCAAUAACCACCUCUGCAGGCUUUGGCAAUUCGUCUUCAUUAUCCUUGCCACUCAAUCUCGCUUUACAACCUGGCGUAUCGAUUUACUCUGGUCCUCUGUAUUCUGGCCAAGCGGCAUUCACUGCUCUACCAUCUUCGCCCAUCGUUGGCGCAUCGACACCUAUAACGGCGAGAGCCCUCGGACUAGCCACAAAUAUAUGGAUCGCUUUGAGCGCCGGCGAUUCAAACAAUCGGUUUAUCGUGUGGGACCCUGUUCCUGACGUUAAUCAACUACCUUCUGGAUCCCAGGGCACGCUUGCCUUGACAGACAUUCAAUCGACUGCUUGCACCCCUGGUUGUUCAUCUUCAGGGAUUUGUACUGCAUCUGGCUCUUGUCAGUGUGCACCUGGCUUUGGCGGGACCUCAUGUGAAGCAUGUGUCCCAGGCUUCUUUGGACCCAAAUGUCAAGCGUGUCCCAAUAAUUGUGAUACGUGCGACGACGGCAUUACAGGCACUGGCAGGUGUAUCAAGCCCACGUUAACCAACGACCCCGCCAAAUGUAACUGCAAGAAUGGAGUAUGUGGGAGUAAUGGACAAUGUACCUGCAAUGCCGGUUUUACCACAGGUAAUGAUGGUAUUGCUUGCUCCAAGUGCUUGCCUGGAUUUUUCCAGACUUCAGACGGUGAUUGCAAAGCCUGCCAGCUUGGGUGUACUCAAUGCACUGAUGGAACAGGAGCAUGCACCCAGUGUCUUCCCAACUUUGGCCGAGACGGAAACGAUCCCACAAAAUGUACACCACCUACCCAAAUCAACAGCAAUAAUCAAAUCUGUCCGGACGGUAGCUUUGGGAACGGUGCUCAAUGUACUCGAUGCUCUGCUUCAUGUCUCACAUGCACUGGACCAACCGCCAACGAUUGUGUGGUUUGUGCGUCUGGGUUGUAUACCUUGAACGGCCAGUGUGUUUCGGCAGAUAAUAAUGGAGUCUGUGCCGGAACCAAUUUGAUUGCUGAUAACAACAAACAUGAGUGCGACACUUGCGGCGCGGCAUGCACUAAAUGCCAGAUCCCGAACUUCAAUGCUGCCUCAACAGUCGAUCAAUUACAAUGCACAGCUUGCUUGCCGGGUUUCUUUCUUAGCAAUGGGAAAUGCGUGUCGAGUUGUCCCUCUGGCACUACGGUUUCGUCACAAGAUAAUUUGACCUGCAUUGCUUGCGAUUCGUCCUGUAGCACCUGUCUCGGUGUCUGUUUGUCUGAACUUGUUUCACAGACACGCCCUUCGACAGCACCACCCCUUCCGACAGUGACUGGUAUCGAUACGCCAACUACUGUAGUAAAAUCAGGCCGCCUGGAAUGGUGGCAGAUAUUGCUGAUGGCACUAGGCUGCGCAUUCAUCUUCCUCGUUAUCCUUUGGCUAUUCCGUAGGCGACAGAGGAAAAAGCGAGCACAGAAGACGGCGAUAUUUACUGCUGGCCACGUCAGUCGUGGGCCGACGGGAUGGCGAUGGCGUCUCAUUCGGUGGGGAGAGAAGCUGUUCGGACACAGGCGGAGUCGAAAGGCGCCUGGAGCGGCAGGCCCCACAAUCGUACAUCUGGGACCGCUUGAAUAUCAGCCUGAGACUGAGCAGUCGAUGCUGUUAAAAAUGCGCGCUGCGGAGGAAGCGAGGACGGCUUACGAACCUAUUACAUACACCCCACGACCUCCUCAACGACCCCCUCGACCGGCCAGCCAGGAGGUGGACAUGAUCGACCUCAUUGGGUCUUACAACGCGACAAAUGAACCGCGGCAAACGACGUACUUCUUCAAGCAAAACAACAAGAGCUUGGGACACCUGAACGGGCCCCAGCGUGAUCCACGGCAGUCGAUCAGUGACGACAGUAGUAGCCAGUUUUCGGAGCCGUCGAUUUACUCGCAAAUGACGGGAGCGCCGAGGCGGAUGCCAGAACCACGACAGCCGGUGAAGGAACGCAAUACUACGUCUCGCUGGUCUGCGGCGUCGUUUGAUUUGACGGAGCUGAAGAAGAAAUCGAGAAAUCCAUUCUGGAAAUGA